AGAGUAAACAAGCUGUCCAAAUCACAGUAUCUCUUUUGAAGCUACGAUUCCGUUUUCAUCUUUGCUUUGUAUAAAUCCAGCCCACCCGAAAGCGUCAUUAAUUUGGUGUCGAAUCCAAUUCUACAUAAGAAGGAAUCAUUCAGUUUUAGGUUCUUCUAUAUUUGGCAGGAGGCUCUCCAAACUAUAUUUGGGUUUGAAUUUUUGGAGGCAUAUAGAUAGAGACAUUUAAUACAGAGACCCACGACGGUUUUUAUCUGUACUAGAAACGGACCUUUGUUAAAUUCUCAGAUUGAAACUCAUCGACGUAGCAGAAGCAGGAGCAGGAGCAUAUAAGCAGGGAGGAGGAAGAAGAAGAAGCAGCUCUUGUUCGUUGAAAAAGGAAACAAGGGUUCGAAGCGAUGGCGACGGAGACUUUGGUUUUGAGGGGACAAGACGGAUCGUCGUCGCUUUUUUUAACGUCCGGGGCAACUGGGCGUAUAAACGCCUUGUUUUCUAUGCGAUUACUGAAGAGCCUGCUAAUGCUGAUAAACUCCGUCGUUUUGCUGCUGCUUUUACCUUUCCGUGGACCGAGGCGGGCCUCGCCAGUUGAUAAACCGGGCAAGGACGAGAAACAAACCGAUUAUAACCGGAAGGGGGUGGUGGUGCGAGUUCCGACUCCUUUCGUGCCGUGGAAGAGUUGUUUAAGCGUUGGCUGUAGCAGUAGUAGCGCGGCGGCGACGGUGAAGGCGGUGGAUGAGGCUGUGGAGGCAAGGAGAGCGCUGGCUAUACGGAGGGUUGUUGAGGAUAGGGACCCGAAUACGGUGAGAGAGUACUCCCUAAUCGGUACGAAAAGGGGUGCUACCAUUUUCACGCAAUCUUGGACGCCAGUUUCGGUUAAAAUCAGGGGACUUAUUUUUAUUAUGCAUGGUCUUAAUGAACACAGUGGCAGGUACAAUGACUUUGCAAAAAAGCUGAAUGCUAAUGGCUUCAAGGUUUAUGGGAUGGAUUGGGUUGGCCAUGGUGGAAGUGAUGGGCUGCAUGCAUAUGUGCAUUCUCUUGACGAUGCUGUUUCUGACAUGAAAGUUUUUCUUGAGAAGAUUCUUAUUGAAAAUCCUGGGCUUCCUUGUUUUUGCUUUGGACACUCAACAGGUGCAGCCAUUGUUCUUAAGGCAUUGCUGGAUCCUAAGGUCGAGGCAUGUGUAUCUGGUGCAGUAGUGACAUCACCUGCAGUUGGAGUCCAGGCUUCUCAUCCAAUAGUCUUGCUUCUUGCCCCUGUAGUUUCAUUGUUGCUGCCUAAAUAUCAAUUUAAUUCUGCCUAUAAAAAGGGUUCAACUGUUUGUCGAGAUCCAGAUGCACUAGUAUCUAAAUAUUCUGACCCACUAGUAUGUACUGGAUCCAUUAGAGUCCGAACAGGCCACGAGAUUAUAAGAAUCACGUCCUACUUGCAGCAAAAUUUGAGAAAUAUCAAAGUUCCGUUCCUGGUUCUCCAUGGCACUGCAGAUACGGUCACUGAUCCUGUUGCUUCUCAGAAGUUUUAUGAAGAGGCUUCUUCAUCUGACAAAACCAUUCAUUUAUAUGAAGGGUUGUUGCAUGACCUCCUUUUUGAACCUGAACGUCAUGCAGUCACACAGGAAAUAAUUCAGUGGCUGAAUAAUAGAGUUUGAAGUUAGGUGGUGUCUUCAUGGAAUUAUUCACAGAGAGAACGUGUCUGGUUUUCCUUUCCAUAGAUUGCUGCAACUUGAUUCCACUUGAAAGAGGGAAAAGAAAAUUGCAGCCAAGUGAUGCUGAGGCAUUUUUUUCCUGUGUGUAACUAGUGACAACCUUGUAUAACUCCAUAUUUACUCCAGAAGUAGACAGGAAAAUGUUGAGUAUUAUUCUCAAUGUCACCGUCCUGUUUUUAUGUGAAGGUGAUUAAUGGGAUGGACUAUAAGGAGAAUCAGUUGUUUAAUUUUGCAAGUUCAUUUUCUUAA